UCCACCCAGUGGACUGUCCGUCUCUGUUUUCCAGACGUCUCUCCAUCUGAGCUGAAUCCUUUGGUGAAGGACACCAAGAUCGGAGGAAACCUGAUGAAGAAGCUGAUGAAGCAGCGUCCCGCUCGGGUCUCUCAUUUGCUGCAGGAGAACAUGCCCAAAACCGUGUCCAACUUUCGCUAUGAUGAGUUCUUCGAGAAGAAGAUCGAGGAGAAGAAGGAGGAUCACACGUACCGCGUGUUUAAAACGGUGAACCGUAAGGCGACGGAGUUCCCCAUGGCGGACGAUUACACCGAGUCGCUGUCCUUCAAGAGAAGUGUUUCUGUGUGGUGCAGCAACGACUAUCUGGGCAUGAGCCGCCACCCGCGGGUGGUGCAGACCAUAAUGGACACUUUAGAGAAACAUGGUUCUGGAGCCGGAGGCACUCGAAAUAUAUCGGGGACGAGUAAGUUUCACGUGGACCUGGAGCACGAGCUGGCUGAUCUUCACGGGAAGGACGCGGCCUUGCUCUUCACCUCGUGUUUCGUGGCCAAUGACUCCACGCUCUUCACGCUGGCUAAGAUGCUGCCUGGUGAUUAUUCCCCUUUCAUGUUUUGCAUGAAGAAAGCGAAGCACGCCUCAAUGAUUCAGGGCAUCAGGAACAGCGGCGCCAAGAAGUUUAUCUUCCGCCACAAUGACGCCAAGCACUUGCGCGAGCUGCUGGAGGAAUCAGAUCCCUCCGCUCCCAAGAUUGUGGCCUUUGAGACGGUGCACUCAAUGGACGGCGCCGUGUGUCCGCUGGAGCAGAUGUGUGACGUGGCUCACGAGUUCGGCGCCAUCACGUUCGUGGACGAGGUGCAUGCGGUGGGGCUCUACGGCCCCCGGGGGGGUGGCAUCGGAGACCGGGACGGAGUCAUGCACAAGAUGGACAUCAUCUCCGGCACUCUGGGUGAGUCUCCGAGAACAAAGAAUUACAGCCGGGUGGAGACGAGCCCACAGGCACCUACAGCUGCUUAACACAGACCAAACCAGCCAAACCUGUUGGUUCCUGUUACUCCACUGAUAAAAAUCAUGACUGCUUUUGUUUCUUCUAAAU